AUGGAUACUGCAAAUGCACAACGAAUAAACACCAACAUCCGCGGUUAUCGAAACAAUGAAAAAUUGCAUAUAAAGGCUUUAAGUCUAAAAAUCAAUUCAUUGGAAGCAGAGAAGGCUGUCCUGAUAACUCGAAAUGAUGAGCUGGAAUCUCGAUUAGUUCAAUUAAGCAAAAAUGUUUCGGAUGCUUCUGCUGUUGUCCCUUCUGAUGCUGUCACUCCUGGUGUGAUAGAAGAUGAUAUUUCAAGUUUAGUCAGUUCAGGAAGCGCUUUCAAACCAAUACGCACUCAAAUGAUGAUACAGAUGGGGCGAACUAAUGAAAGACAAGGAGCUACAGAAGCCUUGCCAUGGUCAAUGCCAAAAAAUGUAGCAACUGCAUAUGGACAUCAAUACGACGAGAAGCUGGCAAAUAAUAUGCGAACUGAGCUGAAUGCAGCUCAUGAAGAAUGUUCCUUAUUGCAGGAGAAGAUUGUUCAGAUGGGCUGUGUUAAUUUUGAAUUGGAAUGUGAGUUGAAAGAUACUAAAGAAAAGUUGGAGAAAGCUGAAAUACAUGCACGACAAACUGGAGAAGAAAUUGAAAUAGCUCGUCGAAACUGUGCACAGCAAGAGGAAUGUCAGAAGUCGUUGAACACUGAAUUCUCAGCUAAGUUCAGCGCAUUAGAAAGAGAAGUAAAUGAUCUUAAGGAAGAAUUACUUUUAAAAAAUGAGGAACUGAAAGCUAAAACGAUCGAAAAUAAUAAACGAAAUGAAGAAAUGAAGCAGUGGCAAAUUGCUAUAGAUGAAAUGAAAAUCGUACAUAUGGAAAUACAAAUGUUAGAAAAGCAGUUAAAUAAUGAAAAGGCAGCAGCGGAAUCAAAAAAGAACGAACUACAAAUACUACCGGAACAAAAAGGAGAUAUGUCGCUAGAAAGUUGCAGUGUAGAAUCCGUUGCUGAUGGAGAACAAAGCACCGUUACCCAGCUCAGGCAAAUGGCGACUAAAAUCAGUGAUUUGAAAAAUACUAUCGAUAAGCAAACUAAACAGCUUGAACGUGAUAAGGUGGAAAAACGAAAAUUCAAAGCAGUUAUUCGGCAAUUGCAAGCUGAUAAGGAAGCCCUAAUAGCAUCUUCUUCGAUGAAAAACAGUGGUAAAGAACAACAUAUGAUUUCACAUGAGGAGCAAAUUAUCGGCCUACAAAGGCAACGAGAUUUCAUGGAUCGUGAAAUGACUCUUCUCUGUACCUUGAACAAUUCAAAAGAUGUUUUGAUCCAAGCUUUGCAAGCUAAGCUUGAAUGCAUUUGCAUUUGUCCUGAAAAGCCGGAAUUGUUGGAUUUAAAAUCUGAAAACGAUAGGAAUGAGGGUAAGAACGAUCGCAUUGAGCAGUUGCAAGCACAGAUAAAAAUUAUUAGCCAAGAGAAAUCUGAAGCUUUAAAUUUACUGGCAAAAAAUAAUGCUGAAUUGGAAGAACUACAAAUGGAAUGUGAUCAACUUCAAUCACAGCUGCAGCUCUCUCCAAAACCAAAUCUAAAUGCCAUAUUUUCGGAUGCAAGCACUGAUCAGCAUGCGCAACUGGAAUUUGUUAACGGUGAAAUGGAAGAUUUGUCAAUGGCUAAAAAAAUGGCAGGUGAUGCGGCUAACAAAAGUGUAAAUAUAGAGAUGGAGACACAAAUGGAAAGAUUAUUUGAGGCAAUGCAGCAGAAAAAUACCGAACUACAAAAAGUAUUAAACGAGAACGAAGCAUUAAAAAUAAAGUGUGUUGAGUCUACAGCUGCGUUGGAUUUAUUAAGCGGUGAAUUGGAACGUCGAAGCCAAGAGAAAGAUGCCAUCAUCGAAAUGCUACAGUCACAGCAUACUUACUUAACCCAAACUCUAUUUCUCAAUGAAAAAAGCGAAAAACAGUCAACGAGCCCGCCAACAGUAUCACAAAGCACCAAUACGGAUAUCGAUCCGAAAUGUGUGUUGUGGAAUGCAUCCAUGGUUAUGGAUGAAGCAGAAGAUGGCCGAAUUCCAGUUACGCGACAUUGCGAAACACAAACAAUGACUGAUUGUCACAUUUCUAAGACUACAGAAACAGAACAAGAGCUACCCUCAAAGUCAUCCUGUGAAGUUAUUCGUGAUGGUGAUUCUGUUCAUGAAUUAGAAAAUCAGGAAGAUUGCCAAUGUAUAGACAGACCAAGUCAAAUGCAUGAUAAUUUAACAGAUGACGCCAAACAGAUAAUAAUUCUGAAUGCGGAAUUGGAAACUGCUGUUGAAGUCCUUAAAGGUGAAAUCUGGACCCUAAAUGAAGAACUCAAAGGGUCAUUGGUUGAUCGAGAAGACUUGUCAGAAAAACUGUGCGAUCUUUCGCAACGUCACGAAGAAGAAAUUGAACGUGCUCGUGAACGGGAACGUGAUUUGGAGGAACAGAAGGAUAUGGCCGAAAAAAGCCAACGACAGGCAGCUUUGGCUGAAAAUGAAAGCAAUCGUCGUUUGGUUGAAUGGCAGGAGAAGAGUGCACAAAUGGAAAAUAGUCGCAAAGAACUCGAAAAUGCGUAUGCAAAGCUAUCGGAGUACUAUCAGCAGUUGCAGCAAGCUUAUAAUGUUUUAUAUGCCCGAUUUAAUACAUGUAAAGUUGACAACAAUACACAGACAAUAAUGAAUAGUAAUACCUUCAGAGCUAGCGAGGAAUUUGCUGAGAAGAUCGAAUAUUUAAAAAAUGAACUGGCGCAGCGGAAAACAGAAUUGAAGAGGCAGGCGGUAGAACUGCAGCAUGUUCGGGAUUUGCUGAAGAGACAUCUUCACGUAGCUCUGAAGAAUGUCAGGGACUUUCGAGAAAUAAAUUUGAAAUUGUUGAAGGACGUCAUUGUGGAGAGUAUACAGACAGUCCGAGCUCAACUACAUGAAACUUUAAAAGAAGUACAUUCAUAUACUGAGGAAGUGAUUGCCAAAUGGUUUAAAGAGAAAGAAAUGAAGGAUGCCGAAGUCGCUUUUGCAAUGCAGCAGCUUGUGAAUGGCAUACUAAGAGAAAGCAUCUCACAAACAGAAAAUUUGUCGUUGUCAGUCAUUGUUGACGCUGUCAAUAGAAAAUUUUUAGAGAGGGAAUCUGAAAACACUGCUUUGAAAAAUGAUUUGUUGAAUGAAAGGAAUAAUGAAGUAGCUUCAGAUAUGGAAAUACAACGGAAUGUCCUUCAAAAAGAGAAAGAAUCGAAAUUAAAAAUUAAAGAGCUAGAAGAUCUACUUCAAGUAACACAGUUUUCAUUAACCGAACACGUUACCAGAUGUCAACAGCUUCAAGCUAAACUUGAUCUGCUUGGCUCAGCAACGGAUCAAAGCAGUGCAGCAGGUUGCUUUUUUUCAAUUCAUUAUAUCUAG